AGACGGCCGAGCAGUGGAGCGAGGCCGCCUAAAGGAGAGCCGAGCUGUCGAUGACUCCCAGUGGGCCACCUAGAGCGGAAGUAGAGGAGCGGCCGGAAGUAGCCGGAACCUCAGAAAGACUGACCGACUGACUCUGACAGGAUCCGGGCCUGAGGGAAGGAGGCGGCGGCCAUGGAGUUGGGCGAGCUGCUCUACAACAAGUCCGAGUACAUCGAGACGGCAUCUGGGAACAAAGUCAGUCGCCAGUCAGUGUUGUGUGGAAGCCAGAACAUCGUUCUCAAUGGCAAGACCAUCGUGAUGAAUGACUGUAUUAUCCGAGGGGAUCUGGCAAACGUAAGAGUUGGACGUCAUUGUGUUGUAAAAAGUCGUAGUGUCAUAAGGCCACCAUUCAAGAAAUUCAGCAAAGGUGUUGCAUUCUUUCCUUUACAUAUUGGGGACCAUGUCUUUAUUGAGGAAGAUUGUGUGGUCAACGCAGCUCAGAUUGGUUCCUACGUUCAUGUUGGGAAGAACUGUGUGAUUGGGCGCCGAUGUGUGUUGAAAGACUGCUGCAAAAUUCUUGACAACACAGUAUUACCUCCAGAAACUGUGGUCCCACCAUUCACUGUCUUCUCAGGCUGCCCAGGACUCUUCUCAGGGGAGCUCCCGGAGUGCACUCAGGAGCUGAUGAUUGACGUCACCAAGAGCUACUACCAGAAGUUUUUGCCGCUGACACAAGUCUAGCAUCUCUGCCUCAUGUCUUGAAUCUGCUUGAGCUCUAAGAUGAACCUGAGGACAAAGUGAGCCAGUCAGCACCUAGAAAAAACUCUCUUGUCUUUGACAUCUACCACCCUCCUCCUUUUAAAAAAUUUCUUUAGAAUUUCUCAAUCCUCAAGGCUCUAACCUCUUAAGAAUUUACUAACAGACAGACUAUCUGGAGGAGUUAUCUUCAAAUGCUGUGCUUACACCUUAUCUGUGAACAGUCACUUUGUACCAUUAUCUGUGGAACACAGAAUCAUCUGUUCCCAACGCUCCAGCCCCUUGGUCCUGUGGAUGGCUGGAUCCUGCCUGAAACGGACCUGCAGAGCAGCAGCACCCUUCCGGUGUGGAGGCUGUGUAGCUGGUGUGCUGCUCACGGCCAUACACUACCCAUGCUGAGAGCCUCUCACACAGGUAAUGCCCAGCUUUGCUGCUGCUAACACAUUUGGCCAGUUGUUGGCAAUUGUUCAUAACCCUGGGAAAGGUGUUUGUGACUUUUCAGAGCCCAGAUUCCUGUUGGCUCUUAAAACUUGAGGGUAGGGGUGAUUAGUGUUUCUCUCUUUCCUUCCCAAAAUGACCUUAGCUGUCCUAGGGUAGUUAGUAAAAGACUUUUUAGCAUUUUGACCUGGGGCCUUUGGCUUUCACUAAAAGUGGGGACCUCAGCAUCCCAGAUUGUAAUUUUGCCAAGUGUUAGAUUUGAGUCUCUCAUGUGAAGGCAUUAGGCAGUUACUGCUUGCCUCAAGGUACUUACCUUAUUUCAUUGAAGACACCACAUUUGUGAACUCUUGCUCCCUGGCCUAGAACCAUUCAACCCACCCUGUAUUUGCUAUAAACUCCACAAUUCACACCAAAAUGUCUGUACUCAGAGUCCAUUCGCAUAUAUACAUGAAGGGCUCGUAAAAUCAGUUUGUGGGCACAGAGCCCCAGGAGUAAAUGAAGUUGCUAGGGCUGUUCUUACCAUCUCCUUCUGACCAGAUAGCACAAUCUUUCCUGGUUCUGCUCUGACCUCUUAGCUUAGAAAGAAGAUUUAGAAGUUAGAGGCUAAGCAGGUUGUCCUUGCUUAAUGCUCUGAUCCAUAAGUGAAUAGCGCAGAACAGUUCAGUCUUGAAGAUUAGAAUUUAGCAAGAGCUAUCCUGACUUAAUAUCCAGUUGCGGGGGUUGCAAAACAGAAUAGCUGUAUGUAAUCAUUGCCACUAGUUCCAUCUAGAACUCCUUUCUAGCUUGUCAUUUUUUAAAUGUUUAUACAUUAAAACCACCAAAAUAAAUAGCUUCUCCAUGCAUUUAGGGCCACGACAGCUGACAGCUCCAGACCUGCAUCCUCCCAGCUUGGGGGCCCUGAAUGAAAGGUCUUCCCUUCCAGUUCUAAUUUGGAAAUUCCCAAAGUUCUCAGUGGUUUGUUGUGAGUUCCAUGUCCUCUUGGGUCAGUCACUAUGGCCAUGCGUGUUUGGCCACAUGAUUAAUCCAGUCUGGGUCAUGACCUUUUCUUCAUCCGAAACAAAAUGGUGGGAAGACAAAAACAGUAGCUACUACAAACAAUAGGAGUUUAUAAUUAUGUGCUGAUGUAUUCGAAGAUGUGUUGACAGUAGUGAGUGUGUAUCCUAGGAAAGGCGAGCUGGACUCUGUCUCCAUGGUGGCUCUCACCCCAGGGACCUAGGAACAGCCUGUCACCACAUAAUUACUUUUAUAACCCUAGAGAAGAAAAUCUCCUUAUCCUCAGAAUACUUCUAGAACAGCCAGAUGGGAAGGACCUUGGUUGGGACUCUUUCCAGUUCACUUGGGGCAGAAAGAAUUUAUGGCUCAUAUAGCUGAAAAGGAUGGGCUAGAUUGGGCUUCAGGCUGCAUCCCAGGACUCCAAACUGAGAUCUGUCUCUUUGGCUCUCAGCUCUGCUUUCAUUUGAGUUGGCUUUAUUCUCGGGCUUCACAGUGUGGCCGGCCCCACAGCACCAGUUUUUGAUAAAAAGAGCUCCCCUUUGCUGACAGAACUGCUGGAUUUGGUUCUCAUUGGUCCAGACGAGGAAGGUAUCCAGCCUCAAGUCAUCAUUGUGGCCAGGAAGAUGGAAUACACCAAAUGGACAGGCCUGGCAUGUACCCACAGAGACUGAGAGUUGGUGCUGGUGGUUGUGGCAGAUGAUAUUACCUGAAGGGACGAAUGGGUGCUGGGCAGGAAAAAGCGUCAGCUGUCCAGGCCUCUCCUCUUUCCCUGGUAUCUUCAUUUUCCUCCCUCUCCCUGCUGUCCCUUAACCCUCUGCCCAGUCUCUCAUUACUCCUGGUCUUGGGAGGUACCUUCUGAGGAUACUCCACUGGGGGUACCUGAUUAGAGGGCAGGGGGAGAAUACUGCCUAGCCAAAGUGGGUGUUCAAUAAAGAACCAUUUGGAGAUGGUCUUCUGUCUGGAACUGCUUCCUUUUUUUUUUAUUUUUUUCCUCCAGAUGAGCUGACUGGGCCAUGGAACUGCUUCCUUAUGAUGCCCAUAGCACCUUACCGAGGGGCCCUUAUCAAUAGAGUUUUAGUUAUGUACCUGUGUUCUUGUCUGAACCCCCACUAGCUGUGAGCUCCUGAGGAGUCAGGCCUGAGUCUGUGGGUCAUCUAGCACAUCCUUAAUAGAAUGAUUGCCUGGAUGCGACCACCCUCACCCCCAACCCUCACAUACCCCACCAGCAUGCCUCAGACCUUACUCCAGCUCCAGAUAAGUCUCAGAUUGCAGGACCCCUGGUGCAGGAAACAAAGGUGAAUGAUUGUCCUGUGAGCCUCCUGUUGACUGAUUCUGUUUUACAUGGCUGCACAGAACCCUUGUGGUUGUUUGGGGUUGGUGGUAGCUUCUGUAUUAGUCACUUCUGCAUGAACCAGUUCACUCAGGAUCUGAGGCCACAGUUCCUUUCUUAGUCACUCACCCAUCUGGCAGACUUGAAAUUAAUCAGACAAACAUUGUUCCUAGUUAACAUAUCCUUGGAAGUUUCUCAGCUAUAAGGAAGAGGUCUUGGUGGCUAGGGGGCCUUUCUCCGUAUCCUGUUCUAUCCAGUGAGAGCCUAGAGGGUGCUGCCCAGCCACAUUCUGGCUAGCCUCAGCUAUUCUCCUGAAAAAAAUUGGCAUCUGACAACCUGGAUGGUGACUAUAGGUAGUCAAAUCCAGCUGGCUGGUCUCCUGGGGUCUUCUGUGGAGCUGCAAGGCCCCUGAAAUGAUACUGGCAGUGUUGGGACAGCAUGUCCAAAGACCUGUUUUUUUCAGAACCGGUCUCAGCAAAAUGUCUUGCCACCUUCUACAGUUCCCCCAAGUACAUGAUGACUGAAACACUUCUAGAGCCCCCCAGCAAUGGGCUUGUGCUUUUAGUAGAAUAUGUGCUUGCUGGCAUUUCGGGGUAAGAAGGUAGGCCCCUCACCAUUUUCUGUACAGAGAAAAGAGACACCAUCACUCAUUUAUUCAUUUAACAAAUGCUUUCCAAGCCACUACUAGGUGCCAAGCACUGCCUAGGUCCUGGGGAUACAGUGGAGACUGAGAUGGAGCCAGUUCUUGCCCAUAGGGAUCUCACAGCUUAGUGAGGGAGAAAGCCAAAGAAUCAAAAUACAGAGAGGGUCUGAGGGGCCCAUUUUGAGAGCCAUCAUAGUGGUGAGGAGCGUGAGUGCUAGAGUUGGGCUGAUCAAAUCCCAGCCUGCCAUUGGCUAGCCUUGUGACUUUGAGCAAGUUAUCUUACUUCAUGGAACCUCAGGUUUCUCUUCCGUAAAACGGGGAAGUUGGAUAGGGUUAUUAUAAGGAUUGAAAUGCAUUUAUACUUGUAAAGCAUAAGUACUGGCUCAGGGUCAGCGCUCAAUAAAUGGUAGUUAUACCUACUUUUAUUAGGAAGUGAUAAA